AUGACAGGAAGAAACUCAAAGGGACCGCAGAAGCUGCCGUCUCAGGAUGGCUCCGACUACGGCUACCCACAGAAGCCCCAGAAAUAUAUGCCGACGAAAGCCGAGCUGAUGGAUCCUGACUACUCGUCUUGCUGCAAAGGUCACGACACACAGAAGGACGGUGCUUACGGUUCCGAGCAGUUUGCUAAACAGGAAGCCCAGAAGUACGACAGCGCAGCAAGCGUCGGACAAACAAUCCAGAGGGGACGCGAACGCACCGUAGUUGAACGGCCAUUACAUCCUGUUGCUGCAGGAGAUGUGCCCGCCCGGAGGCUCCACCUUUCCGAUCUCGACGAGGCACACAGAUGCCACUCGCCCUCGAGACAGCCCGGAUACUGUGUCGAAGAGCUUUGCACCUGCGGAAUGCACAAGUGCAUCCCCUCGAGAGCGCCUCUGCCAUUCGUGGGUAACACUCAGUACCGUCAGGAGUUCGGGCCGAAACCGCUGCCACCCGCCACUGCAGCAACGCAGGUGACGCUUCCUCCCACGCUUCCUUUCGAAGCGGAGAGCAGCUACCGCACCGAGUUCGUCGCCAAGCCUCUGCCGCCGCCGGUAAAGUUCGCUGAGGCUAAGCUUCCGCCUCCACUCCCCUUUGAGGGCGAGUCCGCUUACAGAGCGGACUACCGACCGAAGCCGCUGCCCCAAGUGCCGAAGCCUUCGGAAGUGAAACUUCCUCAGUCGUUGCCGUUUGAAGCUCAGUCCUGCUACAGGAGUGAAUACGUUGCGAAGCCUCUGCCACCGCCAGUGCAGGCCUCUGAAGUGAAGCUGCCUCCCUCACUGCCUUUCGAAGGAUCGACGCAGUACCGUGAUGAGUUCGGGCCGAAGCCUCUCCCCCCGGUCGCUAAGGCUGCCGAAGUUCACUUGCCUCCUGCGUUGCCUUUCGAAGCGACUUCGAUGUACCGUUCGGAGUACGUUGCGAAAUCAAACCCCAUCUGUCCGGUGGCGAAGCUUCCUCAGUAUCCGGCGGCGACUUACCCUCAGAACCACGUUUUCUGGGAUCCGGCCACGAAGCAGUGGUACUAA